CUCGCUCUCUUUUCUCUUUCGAAGCCAGCUAUGCCCCUGCCCGCACGCACCAGCUCGCACUCAACUCCACCUUCCUCUUCAGUAUAAAUACAUGGCCGUUCCUCUUGUCCAUCAUCAACCAAACAUAUCAAUCUCUCAGCCUCAGCCUCAGCCUCAGCCUCGUGCUCGCUCUUCUCUCAGAAAAACAAUGGCUUCCUCGAGCCACAGUAGCUUUGCCAGCCUCGCUUUACCUGUCCUCGCGAUCCUCUGCUGCCUCGGCCCGCGCCCGGCCGCCCCCGCCCUCGUCCAGCAGCAGCCCCUCGUCCUCAAGUACCACAACGGCCCCCUCCUCAAGGGUAACGUCACCCUCAACCUCCUCUGGUACGGCGCCUUCUCUCCCGCCCAGCGCGCCGUCGUCCUCGACUUCCUCCACUCCCUCUCCGCCGCCCCUGCCGGCUCCCGGCCCCCCUCCGUCUCCUCGUGGUGGAGCACCACCGCGCGCUACAAGGGCGGCCCCUCCAACCUCGCCGUCGGGACCCAGAUCCUCGACGAGAGGUACUCCCUCGGCAAGUCGCUGAAGACGGGGCAGCUGGCGGCGCUGGCCUCGAAGGCCGGGUACAAGAGCAUCAAGGCCCGGGCGCUCGCGAUCAACCUCGUGCUGACCUCCGCCGACGUGGCGGUCGACGGGUUCUGCAUGAGCCGGUGCGGCACCCACGGCUCCGGCGCGGCCGGGAAGUCCCGGUACACGUACGCGUGGGUGGGGAACGCGGUCAGCCAGUGCCCCGGGCAGUGCGCCUGGCCGUUCCACCAGCCGCAGUACGGGCCGCAGACGCCGCCGCUGGUGGCGCCGAGCGGCGACGUCGGGGUCGACGGGAUGGUGAUCAACCUGGCGACGGUGCUGGCGGGGGCGGUGACGAACCCCUUCAACGACGGGUACUACCAGGGGGACGCGGCGGCACCGCUGGAGGCGGUGAGCGCAUGCACGGGCAUCUUCGGGAAGGGCGCGUACCCGGGGUAUCCCGGCCAGCUGCUGGCGGACAAGACGACGGGGGCGAGUUACAACGUGAUCGGCGUUAAUGGCCGCAAGUUUCUGGUGCCGGCCAUGUGGGACCCGAACACCUCCGCGUGCGAGACCCCCGUGUGAGUGUGAGUCGUUAUCCUGAAAAGGCUAAAAAGAGUUCGUAGGUUAUGAAGCCUUUUCGGAAAUGUUUGGGGAAACUUGUACUUACUUUGUCGUUCGUGUUUUGUGCGUGUGUAGAUUCUGCGAAUACAGAUGAGAAGGAAUGUAAAAAUGUAUAGGGAGUUGCAACGAUAUGUGGAAUAAUUUGAUUUAUGGAAUAAUGAAAACUUUCGAUUUAUUAUAAUAUGGACAAAAUGACCAGCAUUAUGCAGCAA